AUGGAGCAGAAACACGGUAAACCACCCGCGAAGCGCACGCGUUUCAACUACGAGGACACGAUCAAAGUCGUCGUUGGAGAAGGUGAAGCUGAGCGGACCUUCACAAUGCACAAGGAUAAGAUAUGCGCGCGCUCGCCGUUCCUUCAAGCAGCGUGCCUGACGCGACAUCGAAUGGGCCUGGACAACUUUAUCUUCUUGGAAGAGCAGGAGCCUGAGCUCUUUGAGUUAUACGUCAACUGGGUCUAUACCGGUCAGGUGGACGCGAGCAUCCUCUCCCAACCUCAAGCGCAGCCAGACAAUAACGAUAAGCGCCCAACAUACCUCCAACUCGGCAAAGUCUGGGCCUUGGGCUACUACCUCCAGGACACCAAACUCCGCAAUAAGAUCGUCGACAUGGUCAUCACCAUGGUCAACAAAACGCCCGGUAUCAUUUCCGCGCCGGUUCUGAGGCUCGUGUGGAGGGGAGUACCAGAGGGCUCAACGCUUCGACGCUUGUAUACGCAGAUAGAGGUCUGUCAUGCGAGCUCGUCAGACUUCAAGAACAAUAUUGAUGCGUGGCCGGUUGAAGUGCUGGAGGAGGCUACGAUGAGAUUCUGCGCAAGGGAAGUGCAGGAUGCGGCUUCUGUGCCGAAGUGGUGGGAUAGGUGCACGUAUCAUGAGCAUGAGGUGGGAGAUCCGAAAUGUCCUUAG